UUAAACUGAUUUUAAAAUAACUAAGCUUGGGAAGUGAUCAAUGCUGGGUGCAUCAUUUUGACCUCAGAGGAAACAACUGGCACCAACAGUGGCAGUGCCAGGUGGCACAGCAGGCCAUGUGCAUCGACAGCCACCAGGUGUUGCUCCAGAAUGACCAGUCUUGUGAUUCUUUUUCUUUCUGGUGACUCCUCAAAGAUGUGUAGCCUGAAAGGACCCUUUCUUUUCAUGAUCUUGUGUAUUACUUUGAAUUCCCUGGAAGCAACACCUGUUGAGAGACUGCUGUCUUUGGCUGACGAUCUAUCUGAUGGAACUCCUGACAGACAAGAGUGGUUUUUACCCAUCGUGUCACGAAGUACUGGCUUCUUGGGAAUUAAUGGUGCACUGCUGGGGGAGGAAGUGCUAAAGCCCAAAAGUCACCGCUUGGAGAAACGGAGGUGCAACACUGCCACAUGUGUGACACAACGCUUGGCUGACUUCUUGGUUCGGUCCAGCAACACCAUUGGUGCUAUCUAUUCACCUACCAAUGUAGGAUCCAACACCUAUGGGAAGAGAGACAAAGAACCUCCCAACUAUCUACAGCUUUAAUGUUGCAACAAGACAGUAAUGGGUGCAGUCCUCCUCACUAGAAAUUCUUCCUCCUUCCCUUUCUUCCCCCUAGCAAUGUAUAAUCCAGGCCUCCACAUAUGUUCUCUUUCUUUUAGUGAGGCUGCCACUUCAACAAGUCAUUUAAUGAUUUGGCUGCUUACACAACCUUUUGGUUAUUGACUACCUGUUCAUUCUUACCAGUGCCUUGUUUUCUUUGUGUGUAUUUUAUGUAUGUGCAUGGGUUUGUCAUACUGCCUAGGUGGAUGAUGGCACACAGAGGGGCUCCCAAGUGGUAAGGCUCCAAUGGCUAAGAUGCUUGUGAAAUUCCCCUGUUCAAAAGAAAAUAAACCUCACACACCCAUGCCACAAGAAUCUGAAAUGCAGAAGUGCCACAAGUGUUUGGGUUUUUCUUUUUCUUUUGACUUUUUUUUUCCAGAAAAUUAAAA